AUGGAAAUGCUGAGCGACUACGAACGCGAGAGACUUAAGAACAUAGCGGAAAUAGAACUUCAGCGUACUAAAGGAAAAAAGCGCAAAUCCAAUUCUGAUACUGACAAAUCUAAUACUGUAAAUUUUGUGAGACGUUCAUCUCGUAUUAUUCAAGAAAAACGACAAUCAACAAAUUAUAAUGAACAAAGUGAUGAUGAAAAUGAUAAGAAAAAACUCAAACAAGGAUCAUUAAAAAUCAAAUUUCGUUGGUUUAAGUCAAGUGAAUAUCAAAAAUCAGAUGAAUUGUACUAUAGUUCACUUGCUGAUAGCGAUUUUAUUAAUGAUGAUGAAGAAGAAUACGGAUCUGACUAUGAGUUAUCUGUAGUAUCCUGGAUCAAAAGGAAACGUAAAGCACAUGUACCUCGUUUGGCUGUCUCUCAAGUAACACAAGAAAUGAUAGAAAAUAUUUCAUAUUCUUCAUCAGGAAAAGUAUAUAGUCAAUCUGGUACAACUUGUCACCAAUGCAGGCAGAAAACUGCAGAUCAGAAAUCAUAUUGUCGGUACAAGGGAUGUAGUGGUGUGCGUGGAAAUUUUUGUGGAUUUUGCUUGGGAAGAAGAUAUGGGGAAAAUGUUGCAAACGUUUUAGUUAACCCGAAAUGGGCCUGUCCACCAUGCCGUGGGUAUUGUAACUGUAGCAUUUGCAGACGAAGAAAAGGAAUGGCUCCAACUGGUCAAUUGGCACAACAGGCUUUGGCAGGCGGAUAUGAAUCGGUUAGGCAUAUGUUAUGUAGCAUAGAGGGUGAGAAUCCAGAUGUUAUGGACUUGGAAUUUGAUGAUGAAGAUAAUCAAAAUGGACCAGAUAAAAAUAAUAUCACUAAGGGUAGCUUGGAGAACGAACAAAACAAUCUUGAAACUCAACAUGACAAUGACAAUGUGUCAGAUGAAGUUAAAUGCAGUGACAGUGAUGAGCCAUGCAACUCUGCUAAUCAUAAAGAUAAAUGUGGAAUUGAAAAUAAAGAUACACAUGAAAUGAUUAUUGACAAACUUUAUAAGCAAUUAUUAUCAGAAGAUUAAUUAAACAGCCAAAAUAUUAAUCCAAAGAAAACACAGGGUAAUGAAAUAAAAAUAAAUUUAUUUACCCAACCUCUUUCAUAAAAUAGUUUUUAUUUUCAACAGUAUUAUUAAUUUAAUUUCAUAUUUAUU